AUGGUCUACGGACAUAUGAUGCCGAAAUACCCCCUGGCAGACUUUUCGGUUAAUCUGUACCAGCAUGCAGGGACAUCGUCAGAGUCAAUGUGUCUUUCUCCUCUGUCGCUGUCGUUGGCACUGGCGAUGAUCUUCUACGGAUCUGCCGGAAAUACAAAGUCACAAAUAAAGGGUGCCAUGUUUGGAUUUUCGUCUACUGACCAGCAGGUGUCGACAUAUAUGGGUGAAGUAAUGAAGACGAUUAACAGCACGGAUAAAACGUUUAUUCUAUACGCUGUGAACAGGCUGUAUAUCAACAAAAAAUACAAUGUGUCCGAUUAUUACCGUAACAAGGUGAAAGAUAAGCUGAACUCAGAUAUCGCAAUGGCAGACUUUUCGAAUCCCAGAAAAGUCGUAUCCGAAAUCAACCACUGGGUUGCGACUGCGACUCAUUAUAAGAUCAAAGACCUAGUAACAACCAGCUCGUUCGAUGCGAAUACUCGCCUAGCGGUCAUAAACGCUGUUUAUUUCAACAGCAAAUGGCUGAAGGAGUUUUCACCUCAUGAUACUUCGAAGGGAACCUUCUACGUCUCCAUGGACCGCAGAAUCGAGGUAGAUAUGAUGUCUCAGAAAAAGCUCUUUUCCUACGGCGAAACAGCCGAAUGCCAGGUUUUGGCAAUGCGAUACAUUGGACCUUUCAUGUCGAUGGUUGUUCUACUUCCGAAAGAGCGGUACGGCUUAAGGAGGUUUGAGGAAGCACUGACGGCUAGAAAGUUAGUUCAGCUACUGUCGUCCACCACCAGCACAACCGUUACGGUGAAAUUUCCAAAGUUCCAACUUCAAUCAAAAUUAAAGCUGAAUUCGAUCUUUGAAAGCAUGGGAAUAACCGACAUGUUCAGAAAAACGGCAGACCUUGCGGCGAUCACCGGAAAGCCUGAACUGUUCGUUUCUUCAGGCGUACAUGAAGCUUUCAUUCAGGUUGACGAAAGAGGAACCGAGGCAGCGGCAGCGACCGGAUUUGAAAUCAUGCCAAUGGCUGCAGUUCCUAAUCAAGAGGUCCGCUUCAUCGCUGAUCAUCCGUUCAUGUUUGCCAUAAUUGACAAGAAGCACAACAACAUUCUGUUCUUGGGAAGAUACGUCGGCAGAAGUUGA